AGACAAAAGACAUUGACAUCCUAUACAUUUUUCAGAGUUAUGUGAGUUCAAGUAAUAUUAUCAAUUAAAACAUUACAGUAUUAAAUAAUAAUUUAUUAACACAGUAUUGUUGUGUUAUUAUUAUUUUAUAUAGUUUACUUUUGAACAAAUAUACUCACUAUGUAAUAUCUUAUAAUAUUAUUUAGUUAAUAGUGUAUAUAGUUGAGGUAGCUAUGUAUUCAAAUAAAUUGUAAUAUGAGUCUUGUAAUUUUGAAUCUUAUAUCUUUUAUAUCUUAUUCAAAGAUAGUAAAAAUGUACUAUUAUAAUAUAAACAUAAAGUGAUAUUUUGUGAUGUAAUAUUAUAAUAUUUUCAGUUCAGAACCACUAAGACCUAAAGACUACCAUGAAUUAUUUGUUGCCACAUCUAGGCUUAUGAGUUUUAUAUCAGGCUUAGAAACUAUUGUUGUUUUUGAAACUGUAAGUUUUAUUAAGUUUUGUUUGGUAGUUGUUUAAUUAUGAUUAAAAUAAUUUGUUUAAGCUACAAUCAAUAAACUUAUCCAGCGGCUAUUCUUUUGGACCCUUCGCCUUGGACCUUCACAAAUGCAUAUUAUUAGCGACUAUUAACAUGUACGGAAUUCCAAAUUAUCAGAUAUAGCUGCUGAGUAUAUUUUAUUAUCUAUUUAUUAUUAUAAAUAUUGUUAAAAUGUGUUUUAAAUUUUUUAUAGAGAAAAUAACAAUAGUCUUGUCUCAGUAGCAUUCGAUCAUUCACAGACCUACUACACUCAAUGUAGUGAAUAAAUUAAAACCAAUCAAAGUUUACAGCUAUUUUCACAUCUAAAUAAUGGUCAGUCUAAUAUUGGCAAUACUUCAAUCAAAUAAUCUCUAAAAAAAUAAAAAGUAAUUUUCAUUUCAUAUUAAUUGUACCAAAUACUUAGUAUGCCAGGUGAUCCAUUUAAUUGGGUACACUUAUUACCUCGAAAAGUAUUAACUUUUUCUAAAAUUUGUUUUCUGGAACAUUUAAGAAACAAGCUGCUCUACAAUUUUUUAUUUAUGUUAUUUAUUGUCACCCUUAUUUUUGGGGGGUAAACCACUACCUACUUUUGAUUUUCAAAUGGCAACCUAUAUUCAAAAUUCCAUAAAUAGUUAAAUAAUUAAUAAUAACCAAAUAAUUUAUAUUUCUUAGCAUAUCUAUGUCUUAUAAUAACCCAUUUAAAAUAAUCUCUCCUAUUAAAAUAAAUUAUUUCUAAGUAAAAUAAUAAAUUUGUAUAUUUUUUUUUUUACGUAUUCCUUCAUUUAAUUUUUUAUAUGCAGUCGUUUUAUAUUUUAAUUGUGAUAUACCUAAUGAUGAAUUUUUAAUUUGAAACCGAUUGUAUAAUACACUAAUUAUAAUACUUCAGGUGCAUUCAUUAAUUUAUUUAUUUUUUAUUUUUAUAUCUACAAUUUUUAUUUACAUAUUUUUCUUAUUUAUACUUAAAUGCAGUAAUGCAACUUUCCAAUUAUACUUGCCCAUUAUCUAAUCAACCAUCAAAAAAUACCAAAUUCUUUUCAUAGGCUAGUUCAGUUUUAAUGAAGCAGAGCUUUGUGUUGCAAUCGUUUUGCCGACUAUUCGCCAGGACAUUUUUCCUUUAAAAACUAGUGCAAUUGUUUUUCAAUAUUUAUUAUGAUACAAUUAGGAGAAUUUUAUAUUAAAUGUACUCCUUCUGAUUUUCGGAUCAAGAAUAUCACUGGGAGAUUUUCUGAUAGAAUAGUGGUUUUAACGCUAAACACUUUUCUAGGUCACCUUCACCAAAUGUAGUGAUAGUUGAAAGGAAGGGUUCAGUGGGUUAUUAUUUACUGAAGCACCACUCUUCCCCAUGUAACUAUUUUGAAUAUAAAAAAUGAUAACUACUAUGUUAAACAAACAAACCAAAGAGGUCAAGGUUAAAAUCACCUCUCAAAUUUUUGGAAAAUAAGAAGAAAAAGCCUGGCUAUGGAAUAUUCUUGAAUUUAAUUAGUUAUCUCUUAUUAUCAAUUAUGAUUUUGUUUUAUCAAGUCAUUUAAAAUAUCAUGGUCAAACUAUAUAUUUAUCAAAUAAAAUUCAAAAUGAAGUUUUAAAUUUGCUAGGUUCAAAAGUAAGAAAAGAAAUAAUUUAUAAAAUAAAAAAACCAAAAUAUUUUUCUAUAAUUUUUGAUUCUAUUCUGGACAUUUCACAUAAAGAUCAGCUCUGUCAAAAUAUCAUGUCGGUUACUGUAGAAUUUGAUGAAUGAUAUCUUAGUAAAUUAAAAUCAAUUAAGAUGUAUUUAUGGUCAACCAUGUCCUAAGAAAGAUUGACAAACUACAAUAUUAUCAAUUGAGAAUAAAAUAACUCAAAAGUUUUUUGAAAGAGACUUGAAAAAACUUUGAAAACAUUAUAGAUUUUGCUUCUAUCAAAUCUAGAAAAAUUAAAUUUUAAAGUCAUAUAAAUACUUAUUAAUAAUCUAAUAAAUAAAUCCUUAAUUCAUUAAAUAAAUAUUUUUAAUAAUAAUAAUCACACUAUUUUUUACUGUCUAAAAUCUAAAUUAUCAUGUAAAUAAUUAAAUAAAUGAGGAGGGGUCGAAAUUGUUAACCUUGCUCCCAGAUUCAAAAUCAAAAUGACAUGACUUAUAUACCUCCUACUUACCACCUAGAUCUACUGAACAACUUUGGAGCAAAAUACUACAUUUUGUUAGAGUAACCUAAAGGUGAUUUAGGGGUCAUAUCUAAAGUUUGAUAGUCAUUCCGAGCUAGUUCUUUUGAAAAGGAUUUUAUAGUAUCAAACUAUGGAGGGGACUUGUUUGCGGUUCCCAGCCAAGUUUGUUGUUAAAAUCACCAAAUCCCAUUGAGGUAUAUUUUAUCAAAAAAUUAUAAUGGGAAGUAUAUUUAAUAUAAAUUGCUCCUAAUAGAUCUAUGUAUCAUAGUGAUGGUCCAGCAAAGUAUAUUGAAAAACAAUGACUAGUUAUUAAAUGACAAAAAUGUCUCAUGAAAAAUAGUUGGUUGCAAAUUAAAUGGCUAUAGACUCCAUUUUUAAGUUUAAAAAAUAUCUUAUUUCACCCAUAUUCACAAUUUUUGCCAGUCAUCCAUUCCUAUAAUAUUGUGAUAUCUUGCCAAUUACCUUCCAAUGUCUUCCAAUGUUGUUUUCUUAAACUAAUUUUCUUUGUUUUUAUUAAAUUCUAACCUUCAUUUUAUGAACAUUAUUAAGUGUGUUAUCUGUUUUUUCCCAUUUGCAUGCUAUAGUUUUUAUAGUCCCUUACACUAGGGUGGCCUUAUUUUUUGAUAUUGGAUUUUUUUCAGUCUUACCCCCUAAAUUGGUUUAAAUAUGUAUAUAAAUGAAGUAUACAAAAUUUCAUAUCGAUAGAUUAAGUUUAACCCGUGCCCCCCAGCCCUCAAAGUUCAAAUAUAUGGUUCUGUUCAAGUAACCACAGUUUUUUUUAAUUGAUUGACUGCUAUCUCGUUGUUAUCAUUUCUUAAAAAUAUAAAUUUCUGACAUUAUUUAUAGUAAAUUAAAUUGACUAUAACUUUUGUUCUAUGUAGUUUUUUGAUUAAUGUAAUAUUUAUUAAUAUAACUGAUUAAGAAACAUGCAAGUUUUUAAAAAGCGUAACAAUAUUACAAAAUAUCUAAAAUAUUGUUAUAUUUUUAUAAUUUAUUUGUUCUCCAAGUUCUGAUAGCGAUUCUGAUGCUAGAGAAAAUAUUUCAAACAAACCGUUAGAUGCAGAAAAAACUUCCGAAUUCCCAGACCUUCCUACAUUUAAAAAUAGAGGUAAUAAAAAUUGUAUAACACCGAAACUUGCAAUUGCAUUGGAUAGGUGUAAAAUAAGUGAUCGCGAUGCAGUUCAUAUAUUAACUAUUUAAUUAUACUAAUUAUACUGUAGAAGCAUUAGGUAUACGUGUAAGUGAUUUAAUUUUAAACCGGACAUCUAUUAAUCAAAUACGCCAGUGUUUACGUAAGGACAAAGCAGAUCAACUUCGAAAUGAAUUCAAUUCAUCAGAAGUAGGUCCAGUUGUUGUUCAUUGGGAUGGUAAGCUGCUCCCAGAUUUAACAGGAAAAGAGCUUGUUGAUCGUUUACCAGUAAUUGUUUCUUUUAAAAAUUCUGAAAAGUUGUUAAGUGUUCCUAAGCUUAUAUCCAGAACUGGUCAAAAUUAAGCGGAAGCAGUGUUUAAAGCACUUGAAGAAUGGGGCCUUAUUGAUAAUAUACAAGCUUUAUGUUGUGAUAUAAAGGCUUCGAAUACAGGUCGUCUAAAAGGAGUAUGUAUAAUUUUGGAACAGCUAUUAGAACGUGAUAUUUUAUACUUUCCUUGCAGGCAUCACAUUUACGAAAUUAUACUUAGAUCUGCAUUUGAAGUAAAUUUUGAAGUUACAUCUGGUCCAGAUAUUCAAAUUUAUAAACAAUUUUGGCCAAAACUUAAUGUUAAUAAUUAUAACACCAGAAUAGAAGAUAUAAUUGUCAGUGGAAUAUUAAAUGAUGUAACUAAUGUUAUGUUAUUUUUUUAUAUGGACCAAUUACGCAAAUAUCAUAACAGAGACGAUUACAGAGAAUUAUUGGAAUUAGCUGUGAUAUUUCUUGGUGGUGCCCCUACUCGUGGCAUAUCUUUUCAAUGUCCUGGUGCAAUGCAUCAUGCUCGUUGGAUGUCCAAGGCCAUAUAUUCAUUAAAAAUAUUUAUGUUCCGUAAACAAUUUAAAUUAAAAAAUUAUGAAGAAAAAUCAAUCCAUACAAUUUGUAUAUUUCUUAUACGAUUAUAUAUUAAAGCUUGAUUUUGUGCACCUAUUGCCGCUUUAGCUCCAUUUCAAGACUUACAAUUUUUGAAAAGUCUUUUCAGUUAUGAAAAAAUAUAUAAAAACAUUUCUCAAUCAACUUUAAGAAAACUAUGUGGACAUUUAUGGUAUUUAGCACCUGAAACAGCAGCAUUGGAAUUUUUUGAUCCUAAUAUAACAAUUGAGACAAAAAUUAAAAUGGUCGAUGCUAUAAAAUUAAAUAAUUUAACUUCUGAAAUCAAUAAACGCUAAAUGAAGUAGAUCAAUUCAUGAAGAAAGAAAUAAAUGAUUUUAUUUAUAAAGAAUCUACUUCAUUUUUUUCGCGAUUUGGAAUAGCAACAUCAUUCUUGGAGCAACAAUGUGGGAUAAAAAUGAAGAUUUUCAUAAGGCCUUGAAAUUGUAAAUACAUUUCGUGUUACAAAGGAUACGGCAGAAAGAGGGGUAAAGCUCAUGGAGGAGUAUAAUAUGGUCUUAACAAAAAAUGAAGAUCAAAAACAAUACGUGCUUCAAGUUGUCGAAGAUUAUCGCCGUAAAUACCCGAACAGUUUAAAAAGCACAGUUAUAAAACCAUUAUAAUUAUUUUUAUUUAUAUACUUUAAAAUAUAAAUGUCAUUUUGUAAUAAUAUUAUUUAGUUGUUAUGUUUUUCAAAAGCUUGCAUGUUUCAUUGUUUCAUAAUCAGUUAUAUUAAUAAAUAUUACGUUAAUCAAAAAACUAUAUAGAACAAAAGUUNAUUUUGUAUACUUCAUUUAUAUACAUAUUUAAACCAAUUUAGGGGGUAAGACUGAAAAAAAUGUUAUAAAAAAAAAUCACCUAUAUGACGAAGGGCCACCCUACCCUUACACACAUAUAUUUACAUGGACAGUACUGUACAUACUAUUUAUAAUUUAUUAAAUGCAUGUUUAUCCUUUUUAAUUAUUUCAUUGGUAUCUUAUUUUUUCCAUUUUAUUAUUGCAAUUAAGAACUAAUGAUAUGUUUGCAAUUUAAAUAUUCUCUACUUAUAUUAUAUGAGUUGGUGGUAGUAUCAUUCUAUUUGAAAAUGUUGAUGCAAAUAUUAAUUACAUAAUUGUCUGAUACAGAUAAAUUUCAAAACUUUAAGUCUGUUUACUGUGUUCUAAUAUAUUGAAUAAUGUCAUUUAUAUUAUUAUUGGAAUUCAUUCUUGAGCUUAUAAACUUAAUAAUUACAAAAUUACAAACAUUAGUUUUUUUUGUCUAAAAUAAUAUGUUUUAUUUUCAACUAUAUUAUUAUUGUUUUGUGUAGAGGAUAUAGGUUAAUAGUUAUGAACCUGGUCUAGCUGAUAGAGAACUGAUUAAUUAAUAUUAAAAUUGUAUCAUACAUUAUAUAGUCAGCACACAUAAUAAUAUAAAUGUAAGCUGAAAACAUUAUUUUAAACAGAUAACAUUUUGAACAAGCUAAUAUGCAUGUAUAUAAACAUAACAGUAAAAAAUAUAUAAAUGUUAACUAUAUUUUAAUAACUAUUCUUUUGUCUAAAACUUUAUUUUGAACAAAUAUUUCAUGUUAAUUAAUUUUAAAAAGUAAGUAUAUGUGUAUGGAUACUUACCAGAUAUAACACAAAUCAAAAACCAAUGAACACUAAAUAUAAUUUAAAAAAAAAAAAAAAACAUAAAAUUGCCACUUGAGUUAAUAAAUUAAAAUUAAACACUAAUUAUAAAAAUAAAUUAUGCUAACAAUUAAACUUGUACAAAAAAGUGUAUUUAUUUGUAUGACUGAAAAAGAAUACAAUAAAAAUAAAAAUUAGACACAAUUAAUAUUAAUAAUACUGUGUCAACAAAACAAAAUAAUAAGAAAAAAUACUGAAAUUAUGAUAAAUAUGACGAAUUCAAGUUUUCUUUGGUAAUUGACUAUAAUUAUUUAAUGUUGAGACUUUUUAUCUACAUUAUAGAUGCUGACCAAUCAAUAAACAAAUCUUCAAAUUCGUCAUUAAAUUAUUUUCAUGGGAUAUUCAGCAUGGAUGGAUGGCCUCAGUCACA